UAUGAGUUGACUCCAAUUUAAGAUUGGCAGUUUGUAUGAGCCUGUAAGUUUAUUUUGGGCUUUUUUUAAAAAUCCAAAACUGAAGAAGCACACUUUUACGCCCCAGUACCCCCCUACUGGGCUUCACAAAGGAAUAGAGAAUUGCAGUUCCUCCGAUUAGAGAGAGAGAGAUGAACGUUAAUGGCGGAACCAGUAUCGAGCUCAAAACGACAUCGUCAAACCCAACUCGCAGAUGAAUGGCAAGAGUCUCCAUGCGAGAACUCCUACGUCUCAGAAGCUCCUUUCUCUCUCAUCCGACUCCAAUCCCCUCCAAACCCAACCUCUCCAUUUCAUCUCCAUACACUUCUUUUCCUUCCUCAGAGUUCACUUUCGACAAACGAAGAUCCAUCCCCAGUCACCAAACCCUAAACCUCUUCGAAACAUGCUACAAUCAAAGGCAACUCUAUCAAAUCCAAGCCCAGUUGAUAUCUUCCGGUCUCUUCCAAAACCCAUCUCUCGCCGGCAGAGUUCUCAGGUAUUCGACACAAUUUGGUAGUAUUGAUUACACGAUCCUAAUUUUUAGGUGCAUUGAAUCGCCUGAUGCGUUUUGUGUUAAUACUGUUAUCAAGGCCUAUGCUUGUAGUGGUGUUCCACACCAAGCUGUGGUGUUGUAUUUUGAAAUGCUGAGAAAUGGGUUUUUUCCCAAUAGUUUUACUUUCCCACCGCUUAUUAGUUCUUGCGCGAAGAUGGGUUGCUCCAAAUCGGGACGAAAAUGUCAUGGGCAGGCGGUUAAGAAUGGCGUUGAUGGCGUUUUACCUGUACAGAACUCUUUGAUUCAUCUGUAUGCUUGUUGUGGGCUUAUUGAUGUUGCUUGGCAGGUUUUUGAAGAAAUGCCUGAUAGGGACUUGGUGUCGUGGAAUUCGAUUAUUGAUGGAUUUGCUAAGUUUGGUAAUAUGGAUGCAGCACAUAAGUUGUUUGAUGUAAUGUCUAAGAAGAAUAUGAUUUCUUGGAAUGUUAUGAUUACCGGGUAUCUGAAUGCUGGAAAUCCUGGUUGUGGGUUGAAGUUGUUUAGGGAAAUGGUGAAAACGGGAUUGAGAGGCAGCGACACUACUAUUGUGAGUUUGCUAACUGCUUGUGGUAGGUCAGCCAGACUGAAGGAAGGAAGAUCAGUUCAUGGGUCUUUUAUCAGGACAAUUUUUAGUUCAAGUUUGAUUAUAGACACAGCUUUGAUAAAUAUGUACAGUAAAUGUGGAAGGCUAGACGUUGCUCGAAUAAUUUUUGAUAGGAUGUUAGUGAGGAAUUUGGUUUGUUGGAAUGCAAUGAUUUUAGGGCAUUGCAUUCAUGGGAAUCCAAAAGAUGGCCUUGAUCUAUAUGCAGAGAUAGUGGGCAUCGCUAGAUUGGAAGAUGGAGAAAUCAAUUUUGACAAGAAUAUAAAGCGAGAACAAGGACAGAGAAUUAUCCCAGAUGAAAUAACCUUCAUUGGUGUUUUAUGUGCUUGUGCUCGAGCAGGGUUGUUGAUGGAGGGGAGAAAGCACUUCAGCGAAAUGAUUGAUACAUUCAGAAUUAAAGCCAAUUUUGCACAUUGUUGGUGCAUGGCUAAUCUCUUUGUCGGUGUUGGUCUAAUGCAAGAGGCAGAGGAAGUCUUGAGGAAUGUUCCCAUUGAUGAUGUGUCAGCAGACUCUUCAUUGUGGGCUGGUUUGCUUGGUUCUUGCCGUUUCCAAGGGAACGUGCUUUUGGGAGAACGAAUCGCAAAAGCUUUAAUUGAAUUGGAGCCACAUAAUUUCUUCUGUUAUGCAUUGCUGUUGAAUGUCUAUGCUGCAGCUGGUCAAUGGGAACAUGUUGCAAGGAUGAAGGAGAUGAUGAAGGAGACAGGGGUCAGAAGAAUGCCAGGUUGUAGUCUUGUAGAUUUGAAAGAAAUUGUUCAUGACUUCAAAAUGGGGGAUAAAUGUAGACUGGGUAUGCAGGAGGCUGAAAUGAUGGCAGGUGAACUAGCACAGAGAUUUGGCUUUUGACCACUAAUUCUCAACAACCACCAUUGCACUAGAGGGAAGUUUCUGGUUCACUUCCUCAUGUUGUUGUUUUAGUUCUAAAGAGUGUUUUGACGGAACAGAAUAUAUGCAGUCAAUCAUGGAAUUACGGAAUAAGGUUUGUCUGAAGAGGAUUAUGUUGAUUACAAUGAAUCAAAUUGAGUCUUUUUAAUGACAAUCUUAGUUUGGUGGAAGCACUAGAGGGGUUUGAAAUAAGUUUCACAAUGGAGAUGAUGGAAGUCAUUGUUUUUUUACCCCAAGUGUUGUUCCAUGCAGAAUGCUGGCACACUGAUAGACUUGACAGAUUUGAGGACUAUUUGUCAGCAACUGAUUCAUACUGCUGCAGCCUGCUCCACAAGAUGGAAACUGGGGUUAAGACGAGACUUGGACGCGAGUGACAGACGUAAUUUACUGAGGAAGCUGGCAUCCCACAGAGCCAUAUCACGGUUUCUAAACAUCCUAGUCAUACCUGGAAAACCCAAUAUGAUUCAUAUGACAUUGUGUAGUUUGAGUGUUAUGCUGUUGCACAUCAAAGAUCUCUAUAGAAGAUUUUAAGCGAUUCGUUCCCCUAAAAUUUUUCCUAAGGUGAUGUGCCAUGUAGAAAAUGAGCCAAGCUGACUAUCAGACUAUGGGUAUGAAUUUGUGUGGAAGAUGGUUACUCUUCAACACAUGCCCUAUAGGCAUGUUUGGCGCAAGGAAGAGAGCAAAUUCCUUGUUAGAAUUUCCAAGCAUGCCAUCCCAAUAGCUUAUAUGGAUAUUUUAAAACAGAUUACAUUUCUGAAUAUGCCCCUUUGAGUAGACAAUUCUCCCCCCUAGUGUCUGUGAGCUUAUUCUGCAGAACUAGUAGUGGAGAGAGUUGAAGCACAAGACCACGAGAAACCAAGUUGCAUGAGUUGGUCCAUCUGACUUCCCCAGCCUGUGAUCAGUGGACAGAAUGCUGCUACAGCUUGUCAUCUUUAAUUCUUGGUUUCUAUUUUUUCCUUUUUCAGGUCGUCCAGCAUUUGGUAUUCCUUCAUUUUUUUUUUUUUUUGGGUUACAAGAGGCGAAGGAAAUCAUGAGAAAUAUGCUCAAGAAUGGUUGAUUGUUGUUAUUGAAAAAGUUGUUUACCCGUUGGCUUGUUCAGCACCAUGUCCAAGUGGAUCUCCGAAUUUCUUGUCUUAGAGCGAUUUAUUAUAAUUUUUUUAAGAAAUUAUUUGCCAACUUGUAGGUAAAUGUUGAUGCAAAACAGUCAAAAUGAAGACGGAUGAACUGGUGCAGGGAUUAAAUUCGUUGCGCAUUGGGUUACAACAGCCACUAAAUUCAUUUUACCUGAUUAUGCUGGAUGUUGUGGGCUUUUUGACAGACGGGAGAGAGUACCACAGCCAAUUCUCAAGAACGUGAGAACUCCGUUACUUUCAUAUUUACAUACAUACAUACAUACAUAUAUAUAUAUAGAUCUGUGUGCAUAUGUAUGUAUGUAUGUAAGUAUUCCUAGAGCUAUUUGGCUUGCUCAGUGGGAUAUCGAAACAGAGAAAUCUAGUAGUAUCUCACAAAGCCAAUGUUUGAAUUUCCUCGAUAAUCUCCAGUUCAUUUUUUUUAGGCCAUUGCAUAGGAUGUCUCACUUCCUAUCUUUUGCCUUGGCUCUGUAGACAAGCAAUGGCUUUUGGAGGAGCAGAAUCGUGUCCUAUAAAGAGAGAGCCUGAUCUAGAGGCCACCCAUAGUGACGACGCAAAGGCGGCAAAGGAAAUCACGAGACGUAAUACCACACAGUGACAGAAAAUCCAUUAAUAAAUAUAAAUACCACACACAAUAAAAUUGAAGAUUAUCCAAAGUCACACAAUCCUUUUAAGGAGGUGCCGUUCUCACGCUCUGCACGCUAAUUGGCGCUCUGGAGAAGAAAUUCUUUCAUAAUUCGCAAAUUCAAUUAUGUAAAUUCACGAAUUCAAUUUGUGAAUCCUCGAAUUCACAACAAUUUUUCAUUCGAGAAAUUAUGAACAACUAGGUGUGACAUUUGUUAUCGAAGGUAGUUUUCAAAAAUGUUCCUAAUGCUGAAUAAAAACAGUUAGAAAUGUAUAAAACUAAGAAUAAACCUGCAAUAU